AUGUUCAAAUCUUCUCCAUGUCGCUUCUACUAUAGAUACCUGAUGGAUUCUUCAAUUUUUGCCUUUAGCUCAGUGUUGGGAAUCAACAUGUCCGAAGAAGUUGUAGUUCUUACCAUUGGAGCUAAGAAUAAUGAAGCAUCUGCAACCCGAGAAGUAACAAUAACAUUGGGAUUGCCACUGCUAAAAAUCCAUGACCUUCCCUCCUUUCUACUCCCUUCAAACUCAGACGAAUUCAAUGCCCUCCAAUCAUUUCAAGAGCAAUUGGAAAUACUAGAUGAAGAAACCAACCCAACAGUUCUUGUUAACUCUUUCGAUGCACUAGAGCCAGAAGCCUUAAAGGCCAUUGAUAAGUACAAUUUGAUUGGGUUUGGGCCACUAAUUCCUUCUGCUUUCUUGGAUGGAAAAGAGCCAUUAGACACUUCCUUUGGAGGUGACCUCUUUCAGAAAUCAAACUCUUAUGUCGAGUGGAUAAGCUCGAAGCCUAAAUCAUCAGUUGUUUAUGUAUCUUUUGGAAGCAUUCUGUCUCUACCAAGAAAGCAAAUGGAAGAGAUCGCUCGAGGCUUGUUAGAGAGUUGCAGGCCAUUUUUGUGGGUGAUUAAAGUGAAGGAGUAUGGAGAAGAAGAGAAAGACAAAGAUAAACUAAGUUGCAUGGAGGAAUUGGAGCAACAAGGGAUGAUAGUGCCGUGGUGUUCUCAACUAGAGAUAUUAUCACACCCUUCACUGGGGUGUUUUGUGACACACUAUGGGUGGAAUUCUACAGUGGAGAGUUUGGUUUCUGGGGUUCCGAUGGUGGCAUUUCUUCAGUGGACAGAUCAGGGGACCAACGCGAAAAUGAUUGAAGAUGUGUGGAAGACGGGGGUGAGGGUGAAGCCGAACAAAGAAGGAACUGUCGAGGGUGACGAGCUUAAAAGGUGCAUAGAAACGGUGAUGGGAGGUGGAGACAGAGCAGAAGAAUUGAGAAGAAAUGCUGAGAAAUGGAAAGAUUUGAUGAGGGAUGCUAUGAAGGAUGGUGGGUCUUCAGCCAAGAAUCUCAAGGCUUUUGUCCUAGAGAUUGGAGAAACUUUUCAUUAA